ACCAAGUCCAGAACACAAGAGAGUGUUGCUGCAUUUUAGCUGUUUCAAAUAGUGUUUAAAGUGCUAGAGGCCAAAAUUGAUUUGAACCUGAUAAAGAUGAAUUUUGGUGAGAAUAUGGAGUCAAAUGUUGAUUUUCAAAUACAAGAUGAGGCAGAAAGGCUGCUUAAAGAGAUUGAUUUGGUGAUGAAGAAUGUUGAGAACUCUGAGUUCUAUGCUGGAAUGCACUUGGAUCUCAAACAGAAUGAAACAAUGCAAAAACAUUUCUUUCGCCUUUUAGGCUCCCAUUCACAUGUUCAGGUGGUAAUCUAUGGUUUGGGAAGCAUUGAAUACAGUUUCCAUUCACAGUUUCAGCUUGCUGUAGUUCUCCUACUAAAACGGGAUUUUUCUGAUUGGAUUGACAGUAUAGUAAUAUACGAUCCCAACAUGUCUCUAGCUGAUAUCAUAGUUUUCAAAAAACUAGAUCUUGAGGUUCUCACCAUUGAUGAAAAUUGUAAGAGGAGAGCUCAGAGACCAACAAUGUUCUACAUGCCUGAUCCUUAUUGUUAUCAUAUUGGCAACCUCUUGGGAGCAAACUGGUCUUCAUCUUGUCUAAACCGGAUUUGUUUGCUGACAAAAUCGUUCUGCGAUAGACUGACCAAUACGCCACGAAGUGGUCCUGAUCUAGAAGCAGUGAUACGCUUAGAGAGAAUUCUUCCCUUCACAACAGAAAUUGACAUAAAACUUAGUGACAGUCCAAUGUAUGCUAAUUUGUUCUCAGGAUUUGCCUGGCAUUUCUUUGAUGUGGAUACCAACAUUGACAUUGGCAAACCGGGAUGGUAUUGGCUGGAUAUUCAAAGGAAUCUUGAAGAAGAAUUUUUGGAAGAUAUGAAAAGCAACAUGACCAGUGAGGAAUUUGCAGAAAUUUGGGGUAUUUCUCGUGGGUUUCGUCGUUUAAGAUGCAACAACGUUCGUCCUCCUCCAGGCUGGAUUAAGCUAAACAUCUAUGGUAUUGGUAGAAAAGGUGAUCAGCCAGGACAAUAUAGUGGCAUCUUCCAAGAUGAAAAAGGAACGUGUUUAGUUAGGUAUAAGGGUGACUUUGAUGUUGAAGACAAUGUGAUUGCUGGACUAGAGGCCUUGAGGCUUGGGUUGGCCAGAUGCGUGGAAGGAAAGCCAAAUGCAGAGAAGUUGAUUGUGGAGUCAGAUGAUCUUACACUUGUCCAAUAUGUUAAUGGUCGCCCUGAGCCAAAUGAAAAGGCUAUGGACAAAUUGAAGGAAAUUUUCGUCUUGCUGGAACGUCUAACUUGUGCAACAGUUCACUAUAUCUACGAAGAAGCCAAUGAAGCUGCUAGGGAGUUGGCUCUGAGUGAUGAAUGCCCCAGUAAUGCAUAAAGCUUUGUUUUUGACUCAAAGGGGUAAGGUGAAUCUUUCUAAGUUGAACUAAGGUUUCAAAUUCAAUUUGCAUUUAGGGGAAAAUGACGUUGCUGAUCAAGUUUGUCAAAGGUUGUGGAGACACUUGAAUUUACUUGCUAGACUUUGUUUAAUUGUGCUUUUGAAUGUUUAGGAGAUACUUGAGUUUACUUGUUAGCCUAUCUGUUUUGACUUUAGUUUCUACAGAAUUGCUUCUG